AUGAAAAGACACGAAAAAGAUGGAAAUUUUAUUAUUCCAAAAAUGCCAAAAAUUAAUGACAAUACAAUAAAAAUAAAUUCGACAACACCUUUCUCUUCGAGUAAUGGAAAGACUGAAUCUCAAAGCAAAGCAACAUCAUCUUCCCGUCAUCAUCGACAUAGUUCAAUCUGGACUGGAUCUUUACAUUUUGGAGAGCAAGUAGUCGAAUCAGCAGACCUUCACCCAGCAAUUCGUGGAUGUUCGAAACCUUUGGGAUUUUCAUCAUGUUUGGAAAUGCAGCAAUUAACAAAAUGUAAAGAUUUUGUUAAUUAUUGGCCGAUACAGGAAUUAAUAAAAGAAAUUACUCGUAAUAACAACGAGAAAUCUCCUCUUCUCAAAAAACGUUCAAUAAUUAUUUGUUCUUCUUCUGAACAACAAAAAACAACAACAAUUCCUGUCCGCAUCUCUUAUCUUUAUUUAAUUAAUACAUUUUCGCCUCUUUUUGCCAGAAUUUGCAAAGAAAUGGUCGAAAAAGAAUUGGUAGCCUUUGGUCUCCUCAGCAAUUCUUCUCUUCUUUUUCUCUUUCCAAGUGGCCCUCUCUCUACAAAACUUGACAUCCCUGCUCGCGAUGGUCCUUUAUUACAUUGCCUUUUUAUUUCCAAUUUUAAAGAACUUAAAAGCAAAUUUGAAUUAUAUAAUUUUGAAAAUAAAGUGCCAAUAAAUGCCAAAUUAUUACAACCAAAACAAUUAGAAUCUAUAUUUACACCUAAUCAACGUCCUCCUGGAGGAAAACCUGUAACUCCUUAUAUUCCAACACCUUCUUCUACUAAAUAUCCACAACAAUCAUCAGUUAAUCGACGUUUUCCUUCUGCUUCUCCAAAUUUUAAUUCUUCGAAUAGUAGACCUUCAAAGCAAUACUUUCCUUCAAGUCAACAGCAACAACAAUUCCAUCCUUAUACUCAACAACAACAACAACAUCCACCUACAACAUCUACUAAUUCUUCUAAUUUUCUUUCAAUGCUUCUUAUGCCCCCUCCUCCCCCACCACCUCCUCCUCCUCCCCCACCUCCACCUGAAUCUGAGGAUAUUUCUCCUCCAAUAAUUACUGAUAAAAAUAAAAUUAUUUCUUCUUCAACUUUGGAACAUAGACAAAAAAAUAAGGCAAUGAUUGCAAAUGCUUUUGAACAAAUUCGAAGUAUUGGAAAGACUUCUUUGAGUGAAGGAGGGACAUCUUCUUCAAAAAUUUCUCAAACUUCAUUAGAACAACAAAAGACUCAACAAAAACAACAAUCAGAUAAUUUAAUUAGAGAUCCGAGAUUGUCUAAACGUUUAACUGAAUCACAACAACCUCCUCCUCCUCCUUCUAUUUCUUCUUCUAAAGAAAUUUUUGAAAAGAAAAAUGGAAAUGUGAAAGUUGAAGAAAUUGUUGAAGAAAAAGUUGAUAAAGAUAUUAAAAUUAAGAAAGGGUCUGUUGAGGUCAAUAUCAAAAAUGAGCCAACCGAAAUUUUGCAUGAAACUUUGCCAAUGGAUAUUAGUUAUGGAGGUGAUGCACUUGCGAUGUCUUUACAAAUGUAUUUCUCAUCGCCUGAGGAGCCAAUGGAAGAGGAUGAACAAAUAAAUAUUGAAAACUCUUCAAAAGAAAAUAAAAUUGUUAUCAAAGAGGGAAAGGAAAUAAAGAAAGAACAAGAAACAGUUGACAAUAUUUCUGGAAUUGCGGGUGGAGAAAUGCCUAUGGACUUAUGUUAA